AUGAGACUCUUAUCAGCAGCCCUGGUGGGCGCUGCCACUGCCAGUGUCAUCGAUCAACAGCCUCUACAGUUGCCAAAGAGCUUCCCAGCGAAGGCGAAAGAUGCUCUUGAAAGGCAGUUGCACAACAUGCAAGAUGCCUUGAAAGGUCUAUCAGCUGAAGCUGCAGCAGUUUGGGAUGAGGUUUCCAUGCUCUACCCAGAGGAUAUGGCUGCAGCCAGCUACUUCUCGCUUCCAAAGAAGCACCAACGACGACACGAUUGGGACCACAUCAUCCAUGGCGCUGAUGUUCAGGACCUGUGGAUCGAGAACGCAGAUGGCGAGAAAGAGCGUGAGAUUAGUGGCAAGCUCGACACAUACGAUCUUCGUGUGAAAGCUGUGGACCCAAGUGCGCUCAAGGUCGAUCCAGACGUCAAGCAGUACUCCGGUUAUCUCGAUGACAAUGAGAACGACAAGCACUUGUUCUACUGGUUCUUCGAGUCACGGAACGAUCCAAAGAACGACCCCGUUGUCCUGUGGUUGAACGGUGGUCCAGGCUGCUCAUCGUUGACCGGCCUCUUCCUUGAGCUUGGUCCUUCAAGAAUUGACAAGAACCUCAACCUUGUCUAUAACCCUUACUCUUGGAAUCGUAACGCAAGCGUUAUCUUCUUGGAUCAGCCCGUCAAUGUCGGGUUCUCCUACUCAGGCUCGAGCGUAUCCAAUACUGUCGCAGCCAGCAAGGACGUCUAUGCUCUCCUUACCUUGUUCUUCAAGCAGUUCCCGGAAUACGCAACCCAGGACUUCCACAUUGCUGGCGAGUCGUAUGCUGGCCACUACAUUCCAGUCUUCGCCUCUGAAAUCCAGUCUCACAAGAAUACAAACAUCAAUCUCAAGUCGGUCCUUAUCGGCAACGGCUUGACAGAUGGUCUCACUCAGUACGAGUACUAUCGUCCAAUGGCUUGUGGUGAUGGCGGUUGGCCAGCAGUCCUAGAUGAACAAUCGUGCCAGUCUAUGGACAAUGCUCUUCCACGAUGCCAGUCCUUGAUCCAGAACUGUUAUGAUAGUGAGAGUGUCUGGUCGUGUGUUCCAGCAUCCAUCUACUGCAAUAACGCACUCUUGGCACCAUACCAACGCACUGGCCAGAAUGUCUAUGAUGUCCGUGGCAAAUGCAAGGACAGCAGCAACCUCUGCUACCCUGAACUCGGCUGGAUCACCAAGUUCUUGAACGACCGAAAGGUCAUGAAGGCACUUGGUGUGGAGGUUGAAGGCUACGACUCUUGCAACUUCGAUAUCAACCGCAACUUUCUCUUCCAAGGCGACUGGAUGAAGCCGUUCCACAGACUAGUCCCAGGUAUCCUGGAGAAGAUCCCAGUCUUGAUCUACGCAGGCGAUGCUGACUUCAUUUGCAACUGGCUCGGCAACAAGGCCUGGAGCGAGGCUCUCGACUGGCCAGGUCACAAGGAAUUCAAAGCCGCCAAGAUGGAGGACCUUCGGAUUGACGGCGAGAAGAGUGGCAGAAAGAUUGGUGAGGUCAAGUCUCAUGGCAACUUCACUUUCAUGCGACUACAUGCUGGUGGUCACAUGGUUCCUCUGGACCAACCCGAAGCGUCGCUAGAAUUCUUCAACAGAUGGAUCAUGAAAGAGUGGUUCUAG